AUGGCAGACAAUCUAGAUACCGUUGACUAUGUUGUUAUAGGAAUCUAUUUUAUUGCAGUUUUAUGUGUCGGCAUUUGGUCAACAUGUCGUCCAAACAGAGGCAACACAACAGGAUACUUUUUGGCGGGAAAAUCAAUGCACUGGAUACCCGUCGGUGCAUCCAUUUAUGCCAGUAACAUAGGAGCUCCAAUGUUUAUUGGUUUAGCUGGAACAGCUGCUGCUUCCGGGUUGGCUGUUACUAUUUAUGAGUGGAUUGCUGUAUAUUUCUUGGUAGCACUUGGAUGGGUGUUUCUACCGGUUUAUAUUUCUUCUGGUGUUUUUACGAUGCCAGAAUAUUUGCGGAAACGAUUUGGUGGAAAGAGAAUAAGACUGUUUUCCUCGUUCUUUGCAUUAAUAGGAUUUAUUCUAUUUAACAUCUCGAUAGAAAUAUACUCGGGCGCCAUUUUCCUGCAACAGAUUUUGAAAUGGAAUAUGUAUUUAUGCGUUGUCCUGAUAUUGAUCGUAACAGCUGUAUUUACAGUUAUAGGUGGUUUAGCGUCCGUUAUUUACACAGACACCUUACAGUCAGCUGUUCUUCUCGUCAGUGCUACGAUCUUAGCGGUCAUGGGCCUGAAAGAGGUUGGUGGAUGGAGUGGUUUGACAACCAAGUAUAUGACAAGUAUCGCCAAUCAAACUUUCAACAACCAGUCAUAUCAGGAAUGCGGUAAACCACGCGUAGAUUCGUUUCACAUUCUUAGAAGUCCUGUUUCCGGCGAUAUUCCAUGGACUGGAGCAUUUACAGGGUUAUCGUUCUUGGGACUCUAUGUAUGGAGUCAGGAUCAGUUGAUUGUACAAAGAACUCUUUCUGCUAAGAAUAUGGUGCAUGCUAAAGCUGCAACUUUGUUUGCUUCCGUACUAAAAUUGACCGGAUUAUUAUUAUUCAUAAUACCUGGAAUGAUCAGUAGAAUACUAUACACAGAUGAAAUAGCCUGUGCUGAUCCCAAAUCCUGUGAUGAAUUCUGUAAUAACAAAGCUGGAUGUAGUAACUUUGCGUAUCCUUUGUUGGUUAUCAGACUACUGCCAAAAGGACUGCGAGGACUAAUGUUAGCAGCUCUUUUGGCAGCGUUAAUGAGUUCGAUGACAUCUAUAUUGAAUAGUGGUAGUUCUAUUAUGACCAUGGACAUUUGGAGACAAUUCCGGAAACAAGCACCACAAUCCGAACUGAUGAUUGUAGGAAGACUAACAGUUCUUGUUCUUGUCGUACUUAGCGUGUUAUGGCUUCCGAUAUUAAAGACGGCGGAGGGAGGAAUAAUUUGGUUUUACAUGCAAGCGAUCAGAUCUUACCUGAUACCACCUAUGUGUGUUCUGUUUGUCUUGGGUUUGUUCUGGAAGAGACUCACAGAACAGGGAGCCUUCUGGGGACUAAUCCUUGGCCUUAUUGUAGGGAUAAUAAGGAUGGUCUUAGAUUUUUCCUUUCCUGCACCCCUCUGUGGCAGUGGAGAUUCAGACAACCGCCCAGCAGUAGUGAGCAAAGUAGACUUUCUACAUUUUGCAGCAAUCUUAGGUUUAGUCACAACAGGAGCAAUGACUCUAAUUAGCAUGUUUACUGAACCUAGACCAGAAAGAAAGUUGAAAAAAGUAACAUGGUGGACCAGAAACGAUGAGGAUGAACCUGAAUUAUCUUCUGAUGAGGAAGAUGAUUUCGGAUUUGAUUCUGAGAAUGAUCAAGAACAAUCCGCUGAAACAUUGAAUACUAGUAAGUAA